AGUUUGGACCAAGUUUCUCUGAACCAACAUAUUUAUUAUUACGCUUUACUAAGCUCUAAACCGGAAAAGAAACCUUGAACUCGGAGUUAUAACCAAAGAAGAAGAAGAUUCAGCCCACCGGUGUGUGCACCGCUGCCCCAGAUAAGUCGAUCAUGAGUCCACGCUGACUGCAGAGAAAUGAAUGCUAGGAAAAGAGGUGGAAAGCCCAACAGGGGAGGGGGCAGAUUUAACAAGCCAAGAGGAGGAGGAGGUGGUGGAGGAGGAAGAAAAGGAGGAGCUGCUUGCUGGGAAGAUGGCGAUGAUUUCAGUGUUGAUUUUAGAUCUUCUCAUUCUAGCAGACCCGGCAAGGGACGAGGAGGCGGAGGACGAGGAGGCGGCAGGGGUCGAGGAAGGGGAGAUAGAGAUAGAGACGGAGAUGGGCACGGAAGACAGGAUGAGAAAAGCAGUGGCAAGGCUCUCCCAAGGUCCCUGGCAAGGACGAGAACGUGCUCAAAAUCAGGCGUUGGUGUCAGUUCAGAAGCGAGCAAUGCGCCCUUGCAGAAGAUCUUCAUGACUAACGAGAACCAAGAACAACUCAAGGAACUGCUGCGGGAACUGCAGACCCAGGAUUUUGAUGACCCUUACGACGACUGCGAUUCGGAUUAUUCAGGGGGAGAUGAGAACGAGGAGGAAUACGAUGAGUUGGAUCACCGCGAGGAAGGACAGUUUUGGACCACUAACGACGAGCCCGUGGAAAGAGCCGAGAGCCCAGCAUCCGAGAAUGAGUGCGACGACGAACGGCCUCCCCCCGAGCCCGUCAUCUCCUUAUUUGCUAUAGGAAAACUAUGCAGGUACGGGUUUGACAGAGAGCGCAGCAAACAGGCGCUAGAGUGCAACGGAGGUGAUUUUGGUGCAACUUUAGAACAACUCCUCCAUCAGGUUUUCACCGAGCGCUUCGGCCAAAAAGCACUUUCUCCAGAUAGCUUCGAGGGAGCGUCUAUGGAGGAGUGCUUGAGUCAGAGACAGGAGGAGGCUCUGGCUCUAACUGCCAUUUAUGGCGAGCGCUUCCAUGAACGCAUCGCUAACACAGUGUGGACAGUGACCCUGGACCUUCCGUUUCUCUCUGAUCAAACAAAAGGGCCAGUUGGUGGUCAAAGAGAAGGAGGUUCCGUUAAAGUUCGGGAUGUCUGUAAAUUCUACAUGAAAGAUCAAACUUGUCGGUUUGGGAGCAAAUGCAAGUUUAAACAUCAGCUUCCCACAAAAGGGUUCAGUCCCACAGACCCAAUGGGCCCGAGCCAGCCCGGAUUCAGCAGUUACUCUCCCCCUGAGUACGAACUAGAGGUCCGUUUCCCCAAAGGAAGCUGUUACCCAUUUCAGCCACCUACAGUCGCCUUUAGCACCAAUGACGAGUCCGUUGGGGCUUCCGGGAGGCUCAGCGUGACAGAGAGAUUAUUUGGAGAGGCGCUGGCUGCGGCAAAGAGCGGUGAACCCGUUGUUUACACUCUGAUCACAUUGUGUGAGGAAGAAGUUACUAUGAAGGAACUGCUGGCCGUCAGUCAUCACAAAUACAGUUCCCCACCGCCUGUCGUGGUGAUCUCGCCACCCCCUCUCACCACGGCAAAGACUAGAAGCGUGAGGAGCAGCGCGUCAGAAGAAAGUAGGAGUAGCAGUUAUCACACCAACAGAAGGAGUCUUCCAACUACCAACCAGAGACCCAUAGAAACCAAAGAGACAGGGGAGACAGAGGAGUCAGACGACAGAGAGGAGGAAGAGGAGGAUGAGGUCGUUCCGGUCGAGAGUGAGAGUUAUGUUAAUCUGAGGAAGAAAACAGCGAAUAAGCAGCACCUGAAAAUGGAUAACUUACUGCAAGAAAACGUCCAGCUCUGCCGGGAGUUCCAGAGGAAACGGUCAUCGAGGCGCUUCAGGUCCAUGCUGGAGGAGAGGAAGCAUCUCCCAGCCUGGCAAGAGAAAGAGAAUAUUCUAGACCAGUUGGAUAAGCGUCAAGUGCUGGUGGUCAGUGGGAUGACAGGGUGUGGCAAGACAACACAGAUUCCGCAGUUCAUUCUGGAUGCAUCUCUAGGCGGUCCAGCAGAGCACGUGGCCAACAUCAUUUGUACCCAGCCGCGCCGCAUCUCUGCCAUCUCUGUGGCUCAGAGAGUAGCACAGGAGCGGGCGGAGCGCCUGGGCAACUCGGUGGGCUACCAGAUCCGCCUGGAGAGCGUGAGGACUUCUGCCACCAGACUGCUGUACUGCACCACCGGCGUGCUGCUGAGGAGGCUGGAGGGCGAGGCCGACCUUAAAGGCGUCACGCACGUCAUUGUAGACGAGGUGCACGAGCGCACGGAGGAGAGCGACUUUCUGUUACUGGUGCUCAAAGAUCUCAUUGUCCAGAGACCUGACCUGAAGGUCAUUCUAAUGAGCGCCACCCUCAACGCCAACCUCUUUUCUGAGUAUUUCUACAACUGCCCCACCAUCCACAUACCGGGACGUACUUUUCCUGUUGACCAGUUUUUUCUGGAAGACGCUAUCGCUAAAACCGGAUAUGUCAUCGAGGACGGCAGUCCUUACAGGCGCUCGGGGAAACAGAAUACAUCUUCCGCAAGCGGACGAGGGCACAAAGUCGACCUGAGGGACGUGGCGGGCGACUCGGGCGACGAUUGGAACUUUAUGUCUUUUUGUAAGAAGGACUUUGUGAAGGACUCUAUUCCGGACAAGCAGCUCAGCCUGCAGGAUCUCACAGUCCGAUACAAAGAUAGUAAGAAGUCUGUGCUGAAGACCUUGGCUGUAAUGGACCUGGACAAGAUCAACAUGGACCUGGUAGAGAGUCUCCUGGAGUGGAUCGUAGAGGGAAAACACAACUACCGUUCAGGUGCAGUGCUGGUGUUUCUGCCAGGUCUGGCCGAGAUCAAGGCGCUGUACGAACAGCUCCAGUGUAACAGGAUGUUCAACAACAGGGGGUCAAGCAGGUGCGCGGUGUACCCACUUCACUCAACUUUGUCCAAUGAGGAGCAGCAGGCGGUUUUCAGUCGGCCUCCAGAGGGCGUCACGAAGAUCAUCAUCUCCACGAACAUUGCAGAGACCUCAGUCACCAUAGACGAUGUGGUAUACGUAAUCGACUCUGGCAGGAUGAAGGAGAAGCGGUAUGACGCUUCUAAAAGCAUGGAGAGCCUGGAGGACUCGUGGGUGUCCCGGGCGAACGCUCUGCAGAGGAAGGGCCGUGCGGGUCGUGUGGCUUCGGGCGUGUGCUUCCACCUCUUCACCAGCCACUGCUUCCAUCACCAGCUGGCGGAACAACAGCUGCCCGAGAUCCAAAGAGCGCCCCUGGAGCAGCUCUGCCUCCGAAUCAAGAUCCUGGACGCGUUUGCCGAGCAGACCUUGGAGUCCGUCUUCUCCCGGCUCAUCGAGCCCCCCACCGUGGGGAGCCUGGACGCGGCCGAGCGGCGCCUUCAGGAUCUGGGAGCUUUGACGGCGGACGAGAAGCUGACUCCGCUGGGCUACCACCUGGCCUGCCUGCCCGUCGACGUGCGUAUCGGCAAGCUCAUGCUGUUCGGCGCCAUCUUCCGCUGCCUCGACCCGGCGCUCACCAUCGCCGCCAGUCUGGCCUUUAAGACACCGUUUGUGUCGCCGUGGGAUAAAAGAGAGGAAGCCAAUGAGAAGAAACUGGCCUUUGCAGUGGCCAAUAGCGACCAUCUAGCUUUGCUACAGGCAUACAAGGGCUGGUGCUCCGCGGCAAAGAACGGCAGCCAGGCCGGCUUCCUUUACUGCAGGGAGAACUUCCUCUCUUGGCGAGGGUUACAGGAGAUUGCCAGUCUGAAGAGACAGUUUGCUGAGCUUCUCUCUGACAUAGGCUUCAUCAAAGAAGGACUGAGGGCCAGGACUAUAGAGCGCAUGUGCUCCAAAGGCACCGACGGCGUUCUGGAUGCUACCGGCCCCGAGGCCAAUCUGAACUGUGAAAACAUCCGGUUAAUGUCUGCCAUGCUUUGCGCCGCCCUCUAUCCGAACGUGGUGAAGGUCCACGCUCCUCAGGGCAGUUACAAGAUGACCAGUAAAGGAGCCAUGAAGAUGCAGCCCAAAGCCAAUGAGCUCCGCUUCACGACCAGGAGCGACGGCCCCGUGCACGUGCACCCCUCGUCCGUCAACUACACGGCCCGUCACUAUGACAGCCCGUACCUGGUGUACCACGAGAAGGUGAAGACGAGCCGCGUGUUCAUCAGGGACUGCAGCACAGCGUCCGUCUACCCCCUGGUGUUGUUCGGAGGUGGACAGGUCAGCGUGGAGAUGCAUAAAGGAGAGUUUGUCAUCUCGCUGGAUGACGGAUGGAUCCGAUUCGCCGCCUCCUCUCAUCAGGUUGCCGAGCUGGUGAAAGAGCUGCGCUGGGAGCUCGACCAGCUUCUGGAGGACAAGAUCAAGCAACCAAGCAUGGACCUGUGCAGCUGCCCCCGCGGCUCCCGCAUCAUCCACAUGAUAGUCCACCUCAUUUCUACACAGUAGUCAUGCUGCUGGACAACCCCCCCCCCCCAAUCCAGCACAUCCCUCUGCCGUCAUCCGACACUGUACAGUAUGUUUACAUAAGAACAAAGCUACAGUAUUAUUGCAAUUGUGCACCACAGACUUUUUUACAAUGAACUUUGCCUUUAAAUGAAAUUAUGCAGGAAAUUGUCACAGGACUGCACGAUGCAUUUGAUGUCAACAUUGUAACUUGUUUACAGUGCACUUCCUUUGUUGUGCGCCAUGUGCGUCACACUCACAGCCGAGGUUUCUCGGGUCCAUAUUGGAUGUCUUGUACUCACAGUAACACGAUGUAGAUAUUUAUUUGUAAAAGCACGGUCGAAUGAUCCAAGAGCUUCUGCACGGUUACACGUACUGUACCUAAUUUAAUGUCACAGGGAUGCAUAACCUAAACUUUGUAACGUGAACGCAAGGGCUUUGAAAUUCAGGAAUAUUUGGUGAAGUUGCCAAAGAAUAGAAAAGCUCAUUGUCAAAAAUAAAGACACUUAAGACACCAA